AUGUCGCAACUCUCUCACGCUAAGAUCGUCCCUCGACCCUCCAAGACCAGAGGAGCAGCCAACCACGGCUGGCUCAACACCAAGCACUCCUUCUCGUUUGCUAGCUGGUACGAUCCAAAAUAUACUCAGUUCGGCUCUCUUCGAGUCUUGAAUGAAGAUCGCGUGGAGCCAGGAGAGGGAUUCCCCACCCAUCAUCACCAAAACGCCGAGAUCUUCUCAUAUGUUCUCGCUGGAGAGUUAACCCACCGAGACUCCAUGCAAAAGAAGGGUCAAGAAAGCAAUGACAAAGACAAGUUCUUCCGCCUCCAUCGUGGAGAUGUACAGUUCACCACUGGUGGCCGAGGUAUCUCCCAUAGCGAAUACAACGAACACAAGCAGGAUUGGGUCCACUUCCUGCAAAUCUGGGCAUUGCCAUGGAAGAGAAACCUUCCUCCUGCAUAUCACACCAGGACAUUCUCUGAGGAGGCCAAGCGAGAAGGAUUUGUGACCAUCAUCACACCCUUGAAAGCGGGACCAGAUGCAACACUAGAAGAGGAAAAGGCUGCAGUUCCGACAAUCGAUGGCACCAUUCCAGUUCACGCAGAUCUCGUUUUCAGUGCAAGCAUCAUUCCUCAAGGCAAGACUUUCACAUAUAAAGUCGGCGGAGGAGAUGCGGUAACUUCCAAAUCGAACCGAAACGUUUAUGUCCACUUACCCGAAACGAAAGGUGGAAAAGCCAAGAUCCGUCUUGACGGACGAGAUAACGUGGUAUUGAGCGAGGGUGAUGCAGCCUUUGUGACUCAAGUCAACGCCAAUGACGAACUCCGAGUGGAAAGCAUAGGCGAAGCUGAAGCAGAGGUCGUGGUGAUCGAUUCAGAGUAA